CAGCUGGACAUCACAAAACCCAGUACAGUUAUUCAUAAGGGGGAACUGCAAUCGUGCAAGUUCAAGCAACAACUUUUCCACUUUUCAAUUUCUGAACUCUGAUCUUCAUGUAGAAAUUCAAAUUAUUGGAUAAGCCAGAAUGAGUGGAAACGAGUUCCGAUUCUUUUUAUCCUGUGACAUCAAUCUCCCCGUCACUUUCCGAAUUGAAAGAUUAGAAGGCAAAUUACCGCCGCAAAAGCCCCUUAAUUCAGAUGAAAUUGAUUCUACUUCAGAGGAGAGAAGACCGGAGUUGUUCGUCGAGUGCUUGUUGUACAUUGAUGGCGCACCUUUUGGUCUUCCCAUGAGAACAAGGCUGGAAUCUUUAGGUCUAUCAUAUUGUUGGAACGAACUAAUUACAUUAAGUACUAAAUAUCGUGAUUUGACUGCAAAUUCACAACUCGCGGUCACUGUUUAUGACGUUUCACGUGGUAAAAGUGACGAAGUGGUUGGUGGGGCGACCAUUCAUCUGUUUAACAUGAAAAAACAGCUCAAGACUGGUAAGCACAAGCUUAGACUUUGGUCAGGGAAAGAAGCGGAUGGUUCUAUCAAUACAACCACUCCUGGAAAGGUUCCAAAGGAGGAGCGGGGGGAGCUGGAACGUCUAGAAAAGCUACAAAAUAAGUAUGAGAGGGGGCAGAUUCAAAGAAUUGAUUGGCUUGAUCGUCUUGCAUUCAAAGCUAUUGAGAAAAUCAAGGAGUGUGAGAAUAUUAAAAAUGGAAGUUCUCAUGUAUAUAUUAUUGUUGAUUUCUGCGGUUUUGAACAUCGAGUGGCGUUCCAGGAAUCAGGAGCAAAUUUCCUAAUACCAUCUCCUAUAGCUUCCACUAAUGAACUGGUCACAGUUUGGGAUCCCGAAGUGGGAAAAAGUAACCCCUCAGAGAACAAGCAACUAAAGCUGGCUAGGAGUUUAACUCGGGGCAUCAUUGACAGAGACCUGAAACCGAACUUUACAGAAAGGAAGUUGCAGCUAAAAGUUAAGAGCACAUUUCUCAAUGUUCAAGAAAGUAAUUAUGAUUAUGUCAAUAAUAAGAUCAGAGAAAGGGAAAGAAGUCUGCUUAUUGGGUUUGCAUUUCCACAGUUGGGUGCUGGUUCUAAUGGUGAUGAAGCGGGAUUUAAGUUAUGGCAGAGUUUGGAGCGUCAAAAAGAAUUGACUGCACAGUUGUGUUCUAUAAUGAGAGACGUAAGAAAUGUGAGAGGUGGAACUCAGAAGAAGAUUGAAAAGCUUAGGCAUCUUCUUUCGGGGCUUCUUAGUGAACUCACCUACUUCGAUGAGCCAAUUCGCUCCCCUCUAGCACCUGGAGUCCUUAUAACAGGGAUCAUACCAUCAGAGUCAUCGAUUUUUAAAAGUGCGUUGCAUCCCUUGCGUCUGGCUUUCCGAACUGCAAGUGGUGGAAGUUGCAAGAUCAUAUUUAAAAAGGGAGAUGAUCUUCGGCAAGACCAGUUGGUUAUUCAAAUGGUGUCACUAAUGGAUCGAUUGCUUAAGUUGGAGAAUCUCGAUCUGCAUUUAACUCCAUACAGAGUGUUAGCAACUGGACAUGAUGAAGGCAUGCUGGAAUUCAUACCGUCAAAAUCUUUAGCUCAGAUUCUCUCAGAACAUCGCAGUAUUACAAGCUACCUGCAGAAAUUUCAUCCUGAUGAAGAUGGACCUUUCGGGAUUACUGCCACUUGUCUCGAAACAUUCAUUAAAAGUUGUGCUGGCUACUCUGUUAUCACAUAUAUACUGGGCAUUGGUGACAGGCACCUGGAUAAUUUGCUGCUCCAGGAUGAUGGCCGUCUUUUCCACGUUGAUUUUGGUUUUAUUCUCGGUCGAGAUCCUAAACCCUUUCCACCACCUAUGAAGCUUUGCAAAGAAAUGGUUGAAGCUAUGGGCGGAGCAGAAAGUCAAUACUACACGCGGUUCAAAUCAUACUGUUGUGAAGCUUACAACAUCCUCAGGAAAUCGAGCAACCUAGUACUAAAUCUGUUUCAUUUGAUGGCGGGGUCCAACAUUCCCGAUAUAGCUUCUGAUCCGGAAAAGGGCAUUCUUAAGCUUCAAGAGAAGUUCCGCUUGGACUUGGACGACGAGGAGUCAAUACAUUUUUUCCAGGAUCUUAUCAACGAGAGUGUCAGCGCAUUAUUCCCACAAAUGGUGGAAACCAUUCAUCGUUGGGCUCAGUAUUGGCGCUAAUCAGACUUUGAGUUGCAUAGCUGAACAUAGAUAAUUAUCUCAAAAUAAAGGUUUCAGAUAAAUUCCACUUACUGGACAUCAUAUCCUGGAUCAUCGGGGCUCAAGAGUCAGGGAGCGCCCUCCCUCGUGCUUGUCAGAAUGAUGCAAACACCAUAGAGUUGAUAAUUUUAAUUUUCUGACCUGUAUAGUUGAAAAGCACUUGUCUUGGUUUGUAGUAAAACAAAAUAUAUUCUUUGGUUCUUGGAUGUUCAUUGUAUAGCUUUCAGAUCAUUGAUAUUUGUUGAAUCAAAGCUUGUGUUUGUAAUUUAUGGUUGGAUCAAUGUAUGUUGGUGAAUGAUGCCCUCUGUUA